AUGUCUACUACAACUGCAACAACAACAACAACAACAACAACAUAUACAAAUAUUGAAAUAAAUGAUAAAAUAAAUCAUCAGUAUGUAAAAAAUGCAAUGCAAAGUGUUAUUACCGCCAAUCAAAAUGUCAUUACCGCCAAUGAUAAUAAUAUUGGCUUAAUUCGUCCAAUUGGUAAUAUGAAAAAGCGACAUCAACGAAUGCUAUUAUCAUGUUCAAGUAUUAUUAAUAAAUUUCAAAAUCCCAAUAAUAUGCCGAUUUUAAAUGAAGCACAAUCUAUCAACGAAUGUAUCAAUUUAUUUGCAAGCAUAAAUUCAUCCAAAUUUAAUGAUGAAUUUAAAAAUAUUCCAAAAAAUAAUAAUAAUGCUACAAUGGAAAUACAUGCGCUAAAUGAUAUUUAUCCUAGUGCUAAUUUAAAUUUAAAUUUACGACAACGAAAUGUUGGAUUAAAUAUUCGAAAGAGUAUACGAUUAAUACCACAAACAACAACAACAACAACAACAACAACAACAACAUUUAAUCAACAAAAAUUAUCUAAUACUGCUACAAUUAACAAUAAUUAUAUUCCAAUUAUACGACAACAAGGAAGGAGCAACAAUAGCAAUAAAUUAUUACAAAAAUAUCAAAAUUCGAAAACUGAUGAAAUUAUAUUACAAGAAAGGCAGGAUAUCAAACCAGUUGAAAUCGGAAAAUAUGCUAACCGGAAUAUGCGAACGGUAUUUGGAAAAGCGGUAAGUUAA